GUGUCCCAGGAAAACAUGGGCUCAACAAGAGCAGGAUCUUUGGCGACUGGAAAGAUGGCUGGAGCACGCAAAAUCAAUUCCGUACUCACGAACGCAUUCCGACUAACAUGGAACCACUGGAAGAUACCAUCCAAGACUUCCGAGUACGUCCGCAUUACAAUCACAUGCUCUGUCGAAUUUUGCGUCAUUGAACCAUUGGGAAUUUUACAGGAACUGUCACUCGACUUGGAUAGUCACAAAAACAUUGUCAUGUCGCUAAAUAUCGUCGUCAACCACGUCGUUGAACACGCCGUAACCGCCGAUCAGCGAGCUGCCGAUCGUCUUCGAAGUCGAUUGGCCGCGGCCAAUAGCCGUUGGGAUGAUGUGUGCAAGUCGGCAGCUCGCAUCCAAGCCAGACUUCAAUCAUCUCUCAUGCAGAACGAAGAAUACCACCGUACCAUUCGUGACCUCGUCACUUGGUUGGAAAGAACGGAAACGGAUAUUCAAGGCGCCGAACCCAUCGACCUGACCGUGGGCACUAAACAGCUGAAGGCUCAGCUGACGAAAUUCCAGGAUUUAUACGCCCAACUGAGUCAAUUUGAACCACGCGUGACGUCUAUGCGGGAAAUUGCUGACCAAGUUUUUGCUCAGUCGGUUGAAGCGGACAGUGCACAGCUCAGAUCCAAAUUGGUCGUCUUGAACGAUCGUUUGACCUCCUUGCUAAAGAUCUGUGCUCAGUACAAGCAAUUACUGGACGGAGCAUUGCGUAACCGGGGAGCUUCCGUCUCGCCGUCCACUCCAUCAGGAUUGAACUUAAGCGAAAUGUCGUCUCCUGGCUGCAAGUCACCGCGCCCAUCCAUCGUUGUUUUUCCAUCACAUGAGUCACCAAGUCGGGCGUCAUCUCCGGGCGUCAUCCCCGCGCCUCGUCCAUGGACGAGCGUACAUUUGCCAGCACAGUUCAUUCCAAUUUUGCUGUUCUGACUGCUUCAGCCCUAACGCCAGAACGGGAGGAAUCAAGUGGAAGUGCUGCUGCUGUGGCUGCUGUGGACACGAGCGUAUUGCAGCGUGGUUAUCGCUUCUUCGGACGGGUGAUCCACACGGCCCUGCCCAUUCAAGCGAUGGUUCAGAACGCGUUCAGACGCAAUCCGAAAUGAGAUUGGAAAUUUAUGUCGGCGAAAUUUGGAAUCACAUCCAAUACGAAAUGAAACUGGACAACCAAAUAAUUGACAGUGGUGUAUCCGACAAAUCCAUUACUUUUUAACAACUUGUUAGUUAAUUGUUGAAGAAAAUGUGUAAAUGUGUUCGUUGUU